AAAAACACUAACACUCUUCUCAAAUUUCCUAGACGUACAGAAUGCCCAAAAGUUCAAAGAAACGAAAGGACAAAGCUGCAGACUUUGCGAAAGCAAAGCUCAAACUAGGGAAAGGCAAACAGGCACCUAGCAAUGUUAUAGACACUUCCUUCAAGGCGCGAUCUAUUGCCCUGCCUAAUCAGAGUAUUACUAUCGAACACGACGGGGAGACACCAACCACGAAGCGGAGGCAGACGCUGGACGAUUUGAUUUCGCACCUCAAGCACCACAAUCCAGGAGCACGAAAAGAUGCUCUAUUUGGCCUCCGAGAACUAUUAUCAGCUCAUUCACAGCUCGUCAAUUCCUCGUUCCCUGUCCUGGCGAAUACAACAGUACGACUGAUUGCAGAUGAAGACUCUGGUGUCAGAAGUGCUCUCAUAACGUUUUACUCAUGGCUCCUACCACGGAUAUUACCCGAAGAUGUCAUUCCUCAUGCUUCAAUUCUUCUUCUUUACACAUCCUCCGCCCAAACCCAUAUCUUUCCUGAAAUCCGUAUUGACGCCGUUCGCUUCCUCAAUCUCCUCCUGGAAUGCAUACCAGAGACGGUAGUGUCUGGUUGGGACACCAGAACAAACAGCCAUGGCAGUCGCAUAUUGACGGGAUAUUUAGGUAUUCUCAACGCCGGGACGAUAUACAAUAAUGUCAACACCCCUACAGCUACCUCAGCCGCAACCGUGAUGUUGACAGCUCAAUCGAAGUUGGUCGUCUUGCAAUCUCUAUCCAGAUUCUUGAAUGUUGCAUUGGGAUCCCGUUCUGGCGAAGUUGUUCUAAAUGAAUCGGUCGAUGGAUGGUUUAUGGUCUCUUCAUUUUCGGACAAGAGGGCAUAUAUCGCCUUCGACAGUCUUCUGAAAGUCAAUCACUCUUCAGAUUAUCGACACUGGCGCCAACGGGCGGAUUUGGAUACAGAUAAACCUGUAGGCGUGUUCUCGUCAACAAUGAAAACAGACAGCUGGGGACUCGAACAAAUCGUCAAAUUGAAUGAUAGAUCUGAAGGAUCCGAUGAUCUAGUUGCUGUGCUUGUCUCGAAGCUGGCGACCGCCUUACACCCUACCUUGACAUCAAUAUUUAUUGAAUGCUCAGCUGCUGUUUUCUCACCGAGCAAUGCGCCGCCAGAGACAGAGUUACAGUUUGUGCUUGCUGUGACGGCGAUUGCAUGCGCCCUCUAUAAUUGGCUGCUCCAAGCACGACAGAUCUGCCCUACCUCAAUCGAUGAAUUGGCGUCCCUCUUGAAUUGCGUGACCCCAUUCUUUCCGUUUACUUUCUCCGGGCACCGAGAUGUGAAAGUUGAACACGCCUUCCGACAAUUGAACCUUGAGUAUUGCGACCUAAUUUCUCGUCUUGUUUUCGCCACGCAGUCGAAAUCUUCGUCUCAACAACGCCAUCCAGAACAGUCUCAAAGCAGUGUCGAUCGUUCAUCAAAGCAAACGACAAGACUGCUUGAUCAAAUCAGUCAUGUCCGUGAGUACGUGCUCGGAGAGCUAGGUCAUCGCGAGAAAGUCAGCAGUCGACCAUUGACACUCACUGCUUACACGUCCUUGCUACCAACUGUCUGGGCACUCAUCAACGCUAGAAAUUCAGAUCCCGGCCUGAAUGGACCACCGCCGUACUCAGAUGAUGUGUUCCUUGCGUUAGUGGAGCAUGGUAUCCGCAUUUCCACCAAAUCUGCUUUGAAGAAGUGUUCCACCGAAUUCAUUGCCAAACUUGUACUGCUCGAGACUGAUGCCCAUUAUCGGGGAGGCUUUAGACUCCCUCAAAGCGCAGAUAGUGAUCGGAUCAUCGGGGAAUGGGUUACUCAUUUACCCAAAGUUCUCUGGGAGCUUGGUUCAAACAACCUUUCGACAACCGAAGCCAUCCUUCUAUUCCUAACUCGCACCCUUCAACGCCGAGUUCACAACUCCCGUACGUUAUCCUCCCUUCAAACAAGGCUGGUGCCUUACUUCCUCAUUACGCAUCCGGAGCGAGGACGAAUUCAAGGGCCGUACAGCAAGCUCCCUGCUUUCACCUCGUCAGAAACAUGCACGCGUCGUCUCGUUCUCAACAUGUGCGCAACGCUUCUCCUGCAUUCCCAUUCGGAAACACAUCUAUUGGAAGCUAUCCAGAGUGUUAUCAAGCUGAAUCCAGCAGAAGCUGUUCACUGGCAUCAGGUUUCUGUACAUGCUUAA